UUGUCAUUUGUCGUUGUCAAAAUGAUAAACUCGAACUGUAAGUUGCAAUUUUGUUGUUAUUACUUUUUAUCAUUAAUAAACUAUAAGAAAAAGACGACUUUUUGGUGAAACAGAGAUUUGAUAGGAGGUUUUUAGUUUUAUUAUUUGUACUAGUAAACAUUAAUUAUGAAUAUUGAAAGUGCUGCAGUAAAUAUUUUGAAACGAGGUGUUGAAUUAGAUACUAAGAAAAGAUACACUGAAGCUCUUGUUUGUUAUCAAGAGGGCUUACAGAUUUUAGUUGACAAGAUAAAAGGUGAAUAUGAUGACACAACAAAAAGUUAUUUAAGAAAAAAAGUGGAGGAAUACAUGAACAGAGCAGAAGCAAUUAAAAAGUUAGUUUUAAAACAAAAGGAAACUGGCCAGUUUCAUGAGCAAGUACACAUAGAAAAUAAUUCCACUGGUCAUAGUUAUAAGAAAUUAUUUGGACGAUUUCUCGAUGAGGAAAUCCAGUAUGUUAUUGUUGAAGAUCCAUAUGUAAGAAGUUUUCAUCAGAUUCAAAAUUUUCUAAGGCUAUGUGAAUUGCUAGUUAUUUCCUGUAGCAAUUUAAAACACAUAGAACUAAUAACUACAAAAGAUGGAAAAUCAGAAGCAGAUCAAAGGGAAUGGCUCCUUAAUCUUAAAAAUGAUUUAAUAAAAUACAAAAUAAAAUUGGUGGUAAAAUAUUCUGACACACUUCAUGAUAGGCAAAUUACGUUGAGCUCAGGAUGGAUAAUUAAAAUAGGGCGAGGAUUAGAUUUUUAUAAGGCACCAGAAAAUAAGUUUUGCCUUGGUGUGUUCGAUAUGGAUUUAAGACCGUGCCAUGAGACCACAGUCGACAUAGUUCACUCUAAAAAUGUUAAAGAAUCAUAUGGAUGAAAUGUUGUUGUUGAUGUUGUAAAUUGCAAUUUUAAUGUUCAUGCCAAUGUCAAUAUGAUAUUUAAGAAUAAUAAUAAAAUAGAUAAAAUAAAAAUUUCUCAAUUUAAAUUUGUUACUCGCAAUGUUAACCUUAACCUAUGAUUGUGGGAUUAAACCUAACAGUAACAUUAAAAUUUCAUGUGUUUAUAAUUAAUUCUGUGACACCUGUAUGUAUGAUCAGAUAUACAAACUACUUUAAAUUAAAUAUAAUAAUAAUAUCCUGUGACAUUAUUCCCACACGGCCAUCUGAUCCCUAACUAAGCAUAACUUGUACUAUGGAAACCAGACAACCGAUAUACUACAUAUACUAAACUUUUUUUGUAAAUACAUACUUAUAUAGAUAAUUACACCCAGACUCAGGACAGACAGACAUGUUCAUGAACACAAAUGUUUGUCUUAGGUGGGAAUCGAACCCACAACCGUCGGCGUGAAAGGCAAGUAUCUACCACGCCAACCCGCCCGUCGACUAGAAAUAGACUGCUCAAACUUACUUUCUAAAAUAAAGUACGGAGUGCCCUAUAGAUAUUUUCGAAACCUACUACGCUCUUAGUACCGCCUCUCUACAGAACUGUUUUUAAACAAAAUUCACCAUAUCAUGUUUAUGUAAACUAUACAAUGAGCUUAGUGGAUUGCUAGAUAUCAGUACGGACUCACCUAACACUUUUCGUAAAGUUGUUAAAGAUUGUUGCAAUAAUAUUUAAUGUCAAUGUAAACUUGUAGUAUUUUGUUAUGAAGCAUCUGAGACGUUUUUGUUAUUACCGUUCUAUUUGUUUUUUAAUUUUUUUUAUUUUAAACCAAUGUUUUUUUUUUUAAUACCGCAAUAUUGUACUAUUGUACGUGUUCCCCUCCUCUUACAACCCGGGUUCCUUCAAACGAGGCGUGAAGAGGCAUCUUGCGGGCCGGCAAGGCGAAGGCGGCUAGUGCAGAACGUUUUUCCCGUCUGUACUGGCCGUCGUCGCGUUUGGACUCUACUACCACUUACCAUCAGGUGGAGUAGUCAUUUGCCCUCCCGGCGAAUAUAAAAAAAAAAAAAUAUCCUAUCUUUGUUACAUUUAUUUUUUAUC